CGGGUAUAUCCGUCCAUGUCGUUGACAUCUACGGCGACAGCAAAUGGAGAGCAAAGAGAAGACAACCAACACUCUAUGCAUAUCUCUUACUCUUCCAGUGGCGUGCAAUAUCUGUCUGGGAAAGGUGAAGGAGCCCGUCACAUGUCCCAACCAGCACGUGUUCUGUUCUGUUUGCAUUGACCAGUGGAGCAAGGUGCACAACCAUUGUCCCAAUUGUCGCGUCGUAUUCACGCAGGAGAAAGGCUGCAGGAGACUGAUAGGAGCUGGUACUGAAGAGUCAUGUGGAGACUGUAGCCAAGCGGAGAAAGCUGAACUGAGGAGAACAAGAUUAGAUCUUAUUUGUAGAGAAUACGAGAGCGAUAUCUCUCAACUGGAGGAGGAGCUGAACAACUCAAGAUCAUCUAAUUCAAGACUUGAACAAGAAUUGUGUAGGAGCAAUGAACAACAGGCACGGAGUCACUGCACGCUGUCUACGGACCUUGAUCAUUGUUAUGCAGUUGGAAAGCCAAGAGAAGAGACGAUGUCAACAGACAUUGAUCUUUCAAAUCUGCUUGAAGUCACUGAGCAGCUUCAGACAAUGACACGACUGUAUGAAAAACUGAACAACAGCAUGAGAAAGUUGGAGGAGGAGAACCAGAGGCUCAGUAAUGAGAACUUUGCACUGAGAAGUGAAGUUGCAGACAAGAGAAGGGCAAAUUCGUCAAGAGAUAUGACUGUGUCACCGAGAAGAGUGAGUCGUUACACCAUUGCAGCUCUGGAAGCUGAACUUGAAAAAUAUCAACGUCAAGAGGACCAGUUGAAGAAAGCUCUUAAAAGAAGCGAUCAAUACACAGAACAACUGGAACGUGAUCUUGCCCUUCUGAAAAGAGAAUCUCAAACACCAUGUCAUAAUGAAGAAACUGACCACAAAAGACCACCGGACAAUGUGUUGGUGGCCAAUGAACAUUUAAAUUUUGAUAUCUUGGAGAACUUGGGAACGAGCUCUGAAACAGUUGAUGUUUCUCUCGGUGUUGCCCACAUAAAGCAAGAAGACUACAUUGACCUGCCUCUGAUGUCACAUGAAAUGCUACCUAUUACUGCAGAUCCCUUGUCUUUAGAAGACAGUUUGAAAUGUCUAUAUUCUGAUACUCCAGCGUCAUUACUUUCUACACAUACAUCUUUAGCAUUUGGGAUGCCAAUGGUGGAUGCUGACAGAUGUGAUGCUCAGUCAUGCAGAACUCGACGAAGACAAACAAGACAAGCAGUGAGCCAGACUUCUAGUCAAAAGUCUUCUCACUCUUUAGGAGAUCAGAAUCGUUCUUGUUUUCAGGGAAAUAUGGAAUCACAUUUUCCAGUUCGUCGACGAUCAUUCAGGCUCGGGUCUGUUGGUUCUUUCUCAUCUGCCACUGGUGGCUUGUCAAAGUCCCAGGCAGGGACAGGUGAUGGCAGUGGAGCAAAAACACUUAAGUGGACCUUGUGAAAUGGAUCUAUUUUACUUGAAUGAACAUUUGUGAUUGGUGUAAAAAUGGACGUUUUAUUCGUGAAAGUGAGAACGAAUUUGAUGUGAAUUUUUACAAUUAAUGUGCAUGAGUACGUACAAUCUUGUGCUGUACUUACACGCAUGAACUUAUUGUACGAAGUUUUUACAUUCAAAAUUUAGAAAAAGUUAAGAACAUUUGACUGUAA